CUGUAGCUAAACUUUUCGAAAAACUGGUAUACCUGCAGCUAAGUUCAUUCUUGAGGUUGAAUGGCAUUCUUGUGGAACAGCAGUCUGGCUUCCGUCAUCAACAUUCUACUGAAACUGCACUGCUUAGUUCUACAAAUGAAUGGUUGUUCAAUAUGGACAGAG